CUCUUAGAUCUGCAUAUUCAUCCCGUUACCGCAACACCUCGUCCAAGAACAGCCAAUACUCCUGUUACUGCGGCAGGAAGAAAUUAGGCGGGAUGAAAUUCAUGCCGCCAUCCCACAACACCGCCAAUUGUAUCUAGUCGGCAACCCUUGUCCCUUCUAGCCUGACAUCGACCUACUCAACCAUCCCGACCAACCUCGACCAUCAUGCUAUCCCUCCUACCCGACCUAGCACCGCGCGACUCUCACGCACUAUGGUAUACAUCAACACGAAACCCUCUCGCCUCCGCCUCCCUCGACGCGUCCCCCUACCCGCCCAAUAACCCAUCCGCACUCGGCCCCCAACCACACGACCCCUCCGGCCUUAACCACCGGCGAGGCGCCCACCUCCUCGACCGAUCCCCCCUGGCCCGCCUCCGCGCCGACGAGCAGACCCUCGAGCGGCGGCGCGCGAACGUGACGAACUUCGGCGCCGCAUGGCUGAAGCCCCUCGGGAUCCCCAAGACCCUGCACCAGCUGCGCGAGGAGCGGCGGGAGGCAGAAGAGCACGCGGAAGCGUUGCGGCGGGAGCAGUUAGCGCAGGAGCUAGCGGAGGCCGAAGCCGCGGGAGGCGGUGGCGUGGACGCUUUGCUCGACGCGCAGGGAGAAGGGGAGGGGGAGGAUGGGGUGAUGGACGAUGUGCAGUUAGACGGGGCGCGGGAUCUGGAUGAGGAUAUACCCGAGGCGGACGACUUCGGGGCAGGAUCUGGUUCCGACGAGGAAGAGGAUGAGGAUGAGGAAGAUGAUAGUGAUAGUGAUGACGACGACGACGACGAUGAUGAUCCGGUGCGGCAGGCGGUGCAGGUGCAGCGGCAGCUCAUGGCGCAGCGGAUGAGGCAAGCGAACGAUGCGUUCCGCGAGUCCAUGGUUCGAGGGCGUGUUGAUGGGAACUACUACGGCGUCGACGACGAAGUAGACGACGAGGAUCAAGCCCAGAUGAUCGAGGAAGACGAUCUAGUCGGGCACGGAGACGGUGGAGAUAUGGAUAUGGAUGGCGACUUGGACGAUGACAUCCCCGAAGCAGAGGACGCAGGCUAUGAGCAUACGGACUCGGAGGUGGAUGACAGCAGCGAAGACGACGGCGACCAGCCCGAGAUGAGCUUUGCCGCGCAGACGUCCCAGUCGCAGAGAUACAGGCACAGUCUAGCACGCAGCGACGCGACGCGACAUAGUCUUGCUAUUAGUGACAUACUAUCGCACGACGAGAGCAGCAUGCUACACAGUAGCCCUGAUAUCCAGCGGCGGCGAAACAGCGGUCCUGCACGCCGCGGCCGAGGCUAAAGGAGAGGCCAGGAGGUGCCGUGCCUUUACUAGGCCUAUUCACCAUUCAUCGUGAUUACACACAUCACUUGCAUUACCUCAAGAUACCAAGAUACCCUUUUCUGAUUCAUCAUACCCUACGCCUAUGGAUAUCCGUGUAAUCAGCCAGCCAAAGUCUUAAUAGUAUUUACUAUUGCCAAAACCCGAGCAAGAAGCGACGAAGUAGACGAUGGAUUAUGAUACAUUUAAUUACAAACGUCGUAUUUUUUGACUGGCCAAUGAUCGUUCCCAUAUGUACUUCGUGAA